AUGUCUCUUGAUGAUACAACCCAUGAUGAAGAUUUUGACUUGCAAUAUUUAAUUACUUUUGAACAUAGUUACUAUAGUGAAUUGAUAAUUGAUUGUAAACUAGUAAGAGUUACUAGUAAUGCAAUAAAUAAAGAACAAGAAUUCAUAGAAGAACUAGAUGAAAAUACAAAUAUAGGUGUGAGUACUAGAAGGA